AUGUCCGUUCAAGAUCUCGGCGCAAACGGCGCAGGUAUCACCACGUUGAUGAAUAUCGGUAAUGAGCCCGAUUUCGCAACGCCAUAUCUAUACAAUUACAUCAACAAGCAAGCUAAGAGCGUGGAUCAAUCACGGAGAUUAGCCACUCAGUACUUCAAGGAUGCAGCCUACGGAAUUCCUGGAAACAGCGAUGCCGGUGCCAUGAAUUCUUGGCUGUUGUGGCAGAUGCUCGGUAUUUACCCGAUCGUCACGCAGCCCGUGUAUCUUCUCUCAUCUCCGUGGUUCCCGGAUCUCAACAUGACAAUCAAUGGAAACAAAACACUCCGGAUCACUGCAAAUGGUCUAGAAGACGGAUAUUACGUACAAAGCGUGAAGAUUAAUGGUAAAAAGUGGGAGAAGAAUUGGGUUGAGCAUGACGAUGUGAUGACGAAGGGCGGCACAAUCCAUUUUGAGCUAGGGGCUGAUGCGAAGGCGUGGGAAACUGGAGAGGUUCCGCCUUCCCCGGGACAUGUGCAGUUGAACAAGGAUUGA